ACACCGGGGGGACGCUGUCAACAGUUUAUCAACUAAGCUGGUGGACUCCUCGCGGUGGAGGAGGAGGAAGAGGAGGAGGAGGAGGAAGAGGAGGCCGGGCCGACAUGAGGCUGUGCAACCGCGGCAUGAUGAUGCUGCUGACCACGGCGGGGGCUUUCUGCGCCUUCAGCCUCAUGACCAUCGCGGUGGGCACGGACUACUGGCUGUACUCCCGCGGGGUGUGCCGCUCCAAGAACCUGAACGACAACGAGACCGUCCGCAAGAACGAGGAGGUCCUGACCCACUCCGGCCUGUGGAGGACCUGCUGCACCGAGGGGACUUUUCGGGGCGUUUGCAAAGACAUCGAUCACUUUGCCGAAGACGCAGACUACCAGCAGGACGCUGCCGAGUAUUUACUACGCGCAGUGCGAGCCUCCAGCCUCUUCCCCAUCCUCAGCGUGGGGCUGCUGUUUCUCGGAGGUGUGUGUGUGGCCGCCAGCGAGUUCUACAAGUCGCGUUACAACGUCAUCCUCAGCGCGGGUAUCCUCUUUGUCUCUGCAGGUCUCAGUAACAUCAUCGGCAUCAUCGUGUACAUAUCAGCCAACUCGGGCGACCCCAGCCAGAGCGACAACAAGAAGAGCUACUCCUACGGCUGGUCUUUUUAUUUCGGGGCGCUGUCCUUCGUGCUGGCUGAGAUGGUGGGCGUCCUGGCGGUGCACGUGUUCAUCGAAAAACACCGGCAGCUGCGCACCAAAGGCCGUCCGUCGCUCAUCAAGCCGCCCAUCUCUCGCAGCUCGUCUUACUACCGCAACCGCUACAACCACGGCCGCUCGCGCCGGUACAGCUGCCGGAGCAACCACAGCGCAGCGGACUCGGUGUCGCACUCCUUUCGAGCGUCCUCGGCGCGGGACCGAGAGCCGUCCGUCUCGGCGGCGGAAUCCAAAGCCGCGGCGGGUUCUCCGGCGCCGGCGGGGUCAGAGUUCACGCUCUACACCUUGACCUCGCCUCUCAAGGACGCGGCGGCCGCCGGUGAUUUGGCUCACGACGACACGGAGAUGCUGCCGGGAAACUGCGCCGCCAACAGGAGGACCACGCCUGUCUGAGGGGAGAGGGAGGAUGUGGAACCACAAGGGGGCCUCCUGCCAGAGGAGAACAUUAUGAAGGGAAGGCCGGAAAGACUUUUGGAGACCGGGAUAGGCCUGCACGGACUAAUAACUGAUAAAAAGAAAAGAAAUCACAACCACAGUCUCCAAGAGGGAUUGUUUUGUCCAAAAUUGCAAAAUGUUACAUUUACAAUGACACGAAACAAAAGAAAUGAAGUAAUGCUUCACGUGUGCAAAGCUGGUAUCACAGAGACUGUUGAAGAAUUUGAAUUUGUAUGCUCUUUGUACGUCAGCUUGCCACGCUAUUUACAGUAACUAUAUCUACAGUAUAUCCGUAGUGUGUGUGUGUGCGAAUGAGUGUGUGUGUGUGUGUUUGAUUAUAGCCACGUGUGUGUUUGAGGCGGACAGUCAAACAGAGAGAGAGAGACCGGAAGGAGCUGUUCAUCAAGAUAAUAAACUAUCACAUAGAAAUAGAACACACACACACACACACACACACACACCUGGGAAUGACAUAACUAACAAUGUCCAUUUCCUGUCCUUGUUUUUUUUGGCAGACCUCAGCUCAAAAUCGAAACCCCAUUAAAUGCAUUAGAUCCGUCUCAAUCGGUCUCUCGCUGUGUCAGUUUGAUGUGUGUAUUGCAUAAUGAGAGCAAACGUGUA